GCUUUGUCGAAAGCACAUACUUAUGGAAAUCUAAAUAUAUGAACAAAUCUACAUAGUGUCAUUUGAAAAAUAUCUAAUAAUAAAUUAUUGUUUAUCAAAUCUACAUAUCACUUCGUGCCCAAUAAUGUUAUGCUCAAAAUAUUUCUUCCACUAAGAUGAUUGGGCUGCUACCAUUUUUCGUGAUCAUUCUGGUGUCAUCCGGAAUAGAUAGUUCUCAAUUUCACUGCGUUAACAAUAAUGAUAUUAUUUCACAAGAGCCAAAAAUAAAUGAAUUGGAAAUUGGACUGCAAACGACCAAUCGACCGUUACACCAGGUGAUUACGCGCAUCUUCUUCAUGUUUUUAAAAGAUGUCCUGGGUUACAGAAAUAUUCGAAUUAUACCGAUAAAUAGUUACAACGCCUGGACAACACUGGAUUUAGUUAGGCGUGAUAAUAGGUAUCCUAACAUCAGUAUGAUUAAUAUACAAGCUUGGAUGCCGUAUACUUUUGGGACCCUACCUGAAAAUGUUUUAAGUGCGGGCGCUUCAAUGACGCUUGGUCGCUUUGGCUGGUUUGUACCGAAAACACAACAACCAAAGGACAUGUUCGCAUACCAAAGCUUACACUACGAAAUCUUUCAAAAUGUCAACAACACCUACUACGAUCUCUACGUAUUGGAAGAUAGCGUACUAAAUGGACUACUACAAAUCAGCAGUGCUGAGGAGUACAGAAAUCCAAACUGCGUUGGAUUGAAAUGUGCAACAAUAUUGGCCGAGUUCAGAAACGAUUCCAGUUUCGUUGAGGAUCAAUUGAUUGAAACUGGCAUGAUGGUUAAUGUACUUUGGCUCGGCGAAAGGUUUAGAGAGACAAUUGAGUGGCUUAUCAAGGAAUACGAACAGAAAUUUUCCGAUGGAACAAAACGAUUGAUGAUUUUGCAUUGGACGCCAUCCGAAAUAAUAGCUGACCAAAACGCCUUUCAACAAAUUACAAUGCCAAGAUGUGAGGAUUUUAAUUGCUUACAACGCUCAGGCUGCAAAUAUGAGCUAACUCCCAUUUUAAAAUAUUAUGCCAAGAGAUUGGCAACUGACAAGCAACUUAUGCACGUUCUUCGGUAUUUCAAUUUAUCUGACAAGCAUUUGGCAUAUAUUAGAAAGAAUCUCAAGUACCAUCGACAAGAUCAAAAAGUUGCUGCUGAUGAAAUGUACGAUAAAGUAGCAUGCCAUUGGCUGCUGGCAAAUAAGAACUAUUACAAUUUGUGGAAGGAAAGCAAUCAAACGAUUACUCUACUGAUCGGUGGCAUAUUUCCAAUCAAUAUAACGAAUAGAGGACACGAAAAUGUUAUGAAUGUAGCAAAACAGGCUGCAUCCGCAAUCAAUAAAGACCAAACCAUACUUCCCGGAUAUAAUUUGGAGAUCUUGGUAAACAAUGGACAAUGCAAGUCGGAUAUGGUCAUGAAGUCCUUUAUACACUAUUACAGCAUACCAAAUAUGCUGGGUGUUUUGGGACCAGCGUGUAGCGAAACCGUAGAGCCAAUAGCUGGUAUUUCGAAGCACAUGAAUAUGAUGAUAAUGUCCUAUUCGGUGGAGGGUGCCAGCUUUAGUAAUCGCCAAGCCUAUCCAUAUUUUUAUCGUACAAUUGGCACAAAUGGUCUGUUUGUUGAUGCAUACAUCGCUAUCAUGGAGCAAUUUAAAUGGACUCGUGUGGCAUCUAUAACAGAAGAUGAAUCCAAUGAUAACACUUCACAAAUGGAGAAAAAGUUAAAACUUCGCAAUUUUACACUUGUUAUAAAUCGAAAAUUGCAACCAGUUGUCACUCCCACGGAAAUGAAAGAGCAUCUACACAAACUAAAAGAAGCUCAUGCUAAAAUUAUAAUUGCGGACAUACAAAUCAAUAAUGCUGCCAUACUUUUUUGUGAAGCUCACAAGUUGGGGAUGACACAACAUGAUGAUUAUGUUUGGUUUCUCCCAACUUGGCUGCCAAAAGAUUUUCACAUGUGGGAAAGUAUAGUUAACAGUAGCUGUACUGCCAGUGAGCUCAGAAAUGCAAUCGAAGGCCACUUUAGUGUCAGGCACACUCCAUUUGGUAACCCUGAUGCCGUAAUGCAGGAGGGUAAGCCAAUUAGGGCUUGGAUAGAUCAAUAUAGAAACCAAUCUGGAGAGCCUUCAAACUAUGCAGGUUUUACGUACGACGCGGUUUGGGCCUAUGCGUUAGCCGCGCAUAAACUGCUCCUUAAAGACCAGUAUGCUGUCAAUUAUUUGAGGAAUUCGGAGAUUGUAAGUCGGUUUAGUGAACUAGUUGAACAAACCGACUUUGAAGGUUUGUCCGGUCAUGUGUCGUUUGCCCAAGGAGAGCUUGCGGGAUCACGUCUCAUCGACUUGGACAUUUUACAGUGGAAAAAUGCUAGCUACGUACAAGUGGGAAAGUUGAAGCCCAUCACAAAGGGCAAGGGAGACAGAAUGCAUAUAUCCGGUGGUAAUUUAUCGUUGAGUUUCCACAAUAUAUUAUGGCUGAAAGGUCUGGUGCCAGAGGAUGGUAGAUACGACUGCCAAUUCUCUGGCUUAGCUCGCACAUUUCGAGUGAACUGUGAAACGGCUGCAAUGGUUUUCGCCAUUGUACUUUGUUUGCUUGCAAUUUCCUUGAUUUCUUUUAUAUCUUUCUGGUUUUGGAAGAAACGCUAUAGCCAUAAGCUGAAACGAUCGGCACAGAUAAUGAAAAUGUUCGGUAUAGAUCUGCUCUCUCCAUCGCAGAAUAAAAUGAACACUUUGGACAAAUGGGAAAUUCCAAAGGAGAACGUUGUGGUUAACCGUCGGUUAGGAGAGGGUGCAUUCGGCAUGGUUUACGGUGGAGAGGCACAGAUAACUUCUGGUCAUUGGACUGCGGUAGCUGUAAAAACACUAAAGUCGGGUCAGUCCAUGGAAGAUCGGUUGGACUUCUUGUCGGAGGCAGAAGCAAUGAAGAAAUUUGAUCAUAAAAACAUAAUUAAACUGUUAGGCGUUUGUUUGCAAAGUGAACCCAUCUAUACGGUAAUGGAGUUCAUGUUGUAUGGAGAUCUAAAAACAUAUCUAUUGGCCCGUAGGAAUAUGGUGAAAGAAAAAAUUACAGAUGACAGUGAUAUUUCCGCAAAGCGUCUUACGUUGUAUGCCAUGGACAUUGCUUGUGGCCUUGCUUACUUAAGUGAAAAGAAAUACGUUCAUCGGGACAUAGCGCUUAGAAAUUGCCUCGUAAAUGCCCAGAGAGUUGUCAAAAUCGCAGAUUUUGGUAUGGCCAGGCCCACGUUUGAGAGUGAUUAUUACAGAUUUAAUAGAAAAGGGGUUCGAAAGCUAUUUCCCGUGCGUUGGAUGCCACCAGAAACACUAGGCUUGGGAUUGUUUACUCCAGCCUCUGAUAUUUGGUCAUUCGGUGUGGUGCUCUAUGAAGUAAUAACAUUUGGCUCGUAUCCAUACCAAGGCUUAACGAACAAUCAGGUGCUUGAAUACGUUAAGAAUGGUAAAACAAUGCAUAUACCAUUUGGCGUUAAGCCGCCACUCGAGGGUCUCUUAAAGGCAUGCUGGAGCCAGGAGGCGAGCAAACGGCCUACGGCCUUGGAGGUUGUGGAGUACAUUUCCAGCUACCCUCGACUGCUAACUCCUACUCUUGAUGUGCCCGCCACUUCUAUUGACUUGGCGGAUAGUCAAUCCGAUAAAAUAAAUGAGUGUGGCAUAAAGGAGCUGAGUAAUUUGACCAUUUCGGCCAAUACUUAUACUGAGCCCGAUACCAUAUACAAACCUCUUUGCGAUACUGGUUCGUUUGCACCCAUAACCCCCGAUGGGUACAGUAUAAUGUCUCCUCUUCUAGCGCCCCAAAUGAAUGAAAAGCCCAGCUCAUUUAUAAAAUAAUAAUUAUGAUAUGCCUAGACAUAUUGGAUAUGAUAUUACUUAUAAUUGACAUUAAUACAACAAAUCUGUACAUUCCUAACUAUAAU